AUGCAGGAUUCCAAUAUUUGUACGCAUUGUCAACUAGAAGAAAACCCGGAUGCAUUACUUUGGGUAAAAUGUGAUAGUUGUCCACAGUGGGUACACGUGAAAUGUGUGCCUUUAAAAUGCAUACACUAUUCGAAUGAUACAAGUUCUGAAAUCCUCUCUUAUCCAAAUUCUUCGAAGCAAAUCAAGAGCUAUCGUUGUUCGUACCAUAAUGAAGGGGAACUUCUUACUAUGAUUGCUCUCAACAUCCGAAAAGGAAAGCGACAAAGAAAUAAUGAGAAAUCUGAAGAUAGUGGGCACAUAAAUAAGCGAUAUAAUUUAAGAAACAAUAAAGUUAUUGACUAUAUUGCCCUGAAUGAAGGUGAAGCAAAAAGAGAGAAAAUGAAUCACCCUCAUAAGGACAGCUUUUUGAGAUGUUUUGAGAAAUGGGAGAAUAACUCUAACAUCAUUAGUGCCGCCGAAUUUGCUGCCAAAUUUGAUGAUAUAAAGCAGCCGUACAAGAUAAGUGACCCAUUAAAUAGUGAUAUAAAUGUACCGAAGGUGACUUCACACAAUGGAGUCAUAACUGUCAAUGACAUAAUGAAAAUUAUGGGCGAGGACUACCACGUUGAUGUGAUGGAUGUUCAAACGCAAAUGAAUGAAAACUGGACAUUGGGGUCCUGGAACGAAUACUUCACAAACACCAGGCCAGAUAGGAGGGAUCGAAUAAGGAAUGUUAUAUCGUUAGAAGUCUCCAACGUUGAGACUUUAAAAUUUGAGAGGCCCGCAGCGGUUAAGCAGAAUGAUCUCGUCGAUCAAAUUUGGAAUUGCAAUAGACAUCCAGGUAAAAACGAUGAGGAGAAAGUGGAAGAGGAUGAAUCCAGGCCAAAAGUAACCAAAUAUAUCCUAAUGUCUGUAAAAGAUGCGUAUACAGAUUUCCAUUUGGACUUUGCUGGCACAUCAGUUUAUUAUAACGUCAUUUCAGGACAAAAGAGGUUUUUGUUAUUUCCGCCCACUCAAUCAAAUGUAGAUAAGUAUAUUGAAUGGUCUUUGAAAGAAUACCAAAACAGUAUAUUCUUAGGUGAUGUCCUUGAGGAUGGUAUUGCGAUGGAAUUGAAUGCUGGUGAUUUGUUUAUGAUUCCAUCUGGAUAUAUUCACGCAGUUUAUACGCCGGUAGACUCUCUCAUCUUUGGAGGCAACUUCCUGACAAUUCGCGACUUAGAAACUCACUUUAAAAUCGUGGAAAUCGAGAAGUUGACAAAGGUACCCAAAAGAUUUACUUUUCCCAAGUUCGAUCAAGUGAUAGGCAAAUUAUGUGAGUGUCUUGUGCUUGAGCGAAAUAGAGCUACCAAUGAUGGUGGUGGUAAAGGCUUAAUGGCCAAAACAACCAAUCCCACGAUUCAAUUACUCUAUCAAUACCUUAUAAAACCAGAAGUUAAGUACAAGCCUUUGAAUUUUACUUCCAGGAAGUGUUUAGCGAAAGCCGUAGCGGACCUUAUUUCUUAG